AUGGGUUUCCGGUACAACAACGUCCUUCACGCCAACCACUUCCGCAAGGACUGGCAGAGCCGCGUCCGCACCUGGUUUGACCAGCCUGGCCGCAAACUUCGCCGCCGCCAGGCCCGCAAGGUCAAGGCUGCCAAGCUCGGUGUUCGUCCUCUUACCCUCCUCCGACCGGCCGUCCGCGCCCAGACCGUCCGCUACAACCGCAAGCUUCGCGAGGGCCGUGGCUUCACCCUGGCCGAGCUCAAGGAGGCUGGUAUUGGCAAGAAGGAGGCGCGUGGUGUCGGCAUUGUUGUCGACCACCGGAGGCGAAACCUCAGCGAGGAGGGCAAGGCUCUCAACGUUGAGCGUCUGAAGGCGUACAAGGGGCGCCUCAUUGUCUUCCCCCGCAACGCGAAGAAGCCCAAGAAGGGCGACUCCACCGGCGACGACCUCACUGUCGCCACUACCCGCGCGUCCGUUCCUCUCCCCGCAUCCUUCAUCCACGAAGUGCCCCGCAAGAUCACCGAGGAGGAGCGCGAGUUCCAGGCUUACCGCACCCUCCGCGACGAGCGGGCUGUUGCCCGUCACGAGGGCAAGCGCAAGCUCCGGGAAGCGAAGAAGGCCGAGGAGGAGGCGAACAAGAAGAAGUAA